GGCCAACCGGCGCGUCGGGUUCGGGGAUAAAGCGCGGCCCCGCGAGCAGUUGCGGCGGGAGACGGCGGGGCCGAGAGCGUGACGCGCCCGCUCUGCGCUGCUGCCUUCGCCUUCGCCCUCGCCGCCGCCGCCGCGCGCAGCCAUGUCCGAGGAGAAGCCCAAGGAGGGGGUGAAGACCGAGAACGACCACAUCAACCUGAAGGUGGCUGGGCAGGACGGCUCCGUGGUGCAGUUCAAGAUCAAGAGGCACACCCCACUGAGCAAGCUGAUGAAGGCCUACUGCGAGCGGCAGGGCUUGUCAAUGAGGCAGAUUAGAUUCCGGUUCGACGGGCAACCCAUUAACGAAACAGAUACCCCAGCCCAGCUGGAGAUGGAGGACGAAGACACCAUCGACGUGUUCCAGCAGCAGACAGGAGGCCGGCAUGCGCCCUGCUCGCCCGUGGGGUGCCACCUGUAGGGACCUGCCCCCUCGUCUCCAUUCUCACCUUUGCUGCUCAGUAGUGACCCGUGCCCAGCCUUUCCUGGAGUGUGUGCGGGACCAGGACUCACCGCCCCCUGUGCCCCCUCCCCGUUGCCGGAGCUCUGCCCAGGGUGGCGGUGUGGGGGCUCGCUCCUGUUCCCUUUGUGGCCUGGACACCCCCUUCUGUGGUGUGCUGGGCCAGCUCUGCCUGCCCUGCUUCUCCAUGUGGACAGCCGACAGCUGUGCCCCAGCGGCCGUGCCGUGUGGGUGGGGGGUGGGCGCAGUCUGCAGUGCCGAGUGUGGGAAUGAUGGCUAUGAGUGGGGGUCCCAUGGCCCCCCGGGCGGAGGCUGGCACAGCAAACUGCCUUUGCCCUUUCCUAAGCCCCAAGGAAGUGGGCGGCUGUGCUUGGCUCUGGAGCCACCGUGAUGGGGAGCCCUGCCCCCCGUCAGUGGCGGAAUGUUGGGCAGAGGGUGGGCUCUGCUCCUUCUGGUGCCCCAGACCCUGGCCCCUGCCCGCAGACCCCCUGCCACCCCGUUCCGACUUUACAGGAUGGUGACUCAGCCUGCUUGACCGGGCGUGGCCGCGUGGCCUCUGGGCGGCCGCUCUGUUCUUCCCACUGGAAACAGUAAAUAUAGUUUGGUAUUCUGUC